ACCUACUUCAACUCAUUUCCAUGCCUUCAUCCUUCUGGUUUUUGUUUUAUUUUGUUUUUUCAUAGCUGUGCUGCCCAGUAAGUCUUCUAUGUAUGGACAUGCAGAAUCAGACCAGAGUGACUGAAUUUAUCCUGACCGCAUUCCCAGUUCUCCGUAAGCUUCAGAUUUCCCUGUUUGUGACCCUUUUCUUUAUUUACACACUUACUCUCACGGGAAACACUGUCAUCAUUUCCUUGAUUUGGGCUGAUCAUCGCCUUCAAACUCCUAUGUACUUUUUUCUCAGUAAUCUGUCAAUUUUGGACAUUUUAUAUACUACCUCAGUUACCCCAAAACUCUUAGCCUGUCUUUUAGAGGUCAGGAAGAUCAUCUCAUUUGCAGGCUGCAUCACCCAAACCUAUUUCUUUUUCUUCCUGGGGACAGUGGAGUUCAUCCUCCUGGCAGUGAUGUCCUUCGACCGCUACGUGGCCAUCUGCAACCCCCUGCGCUACACCACCAUCAUGAGCAGCAGGGUCUGCCUCCUGCUGGUGCUGGGCUGCUGGGUGGGGGCCUUCCUCUCGGUGCUGUGCCCGACUAUUGUGGUGUCCAGGCUGCCUUUCUGUUCCGAGGAAAUCAAUCACUUCUUCUGUGACAUUGCCCCUCUGCUGCAGGCGGCCUGCAUCGACACUCACUUCAUUGAAAUGAUAAACUUCCUCUUAUCUUCCCUUGUCCUCCUGACAUCCCUGGUGCUCACCACAGUGUCCUACACCUACAUCAUCUCCACCAUCCUGCGCAUCCCCUCCGCCCAGGGUCGCCAGAAAGCCUUCUCCACCUGCGCGUCUCACAUCACCGUGGUCUCCAUCGCCUACGGCAGCAACAUCUUCAUGUAUGUGAGGCCCAGUCAGAGUCACUCACUGGACUUUGACAAGGUGGCAGCUGUCCUCACCACAAUGGUCACACCUCUGCUGAACCCCUUUAUUUACAGUUUGAGGAAUGAAAAGGUGAAGGAAGUUUUGAGAGAAGCAAUCAUCAAGAUUAUGUCCUUAUUGCAUAAGAGAGCAUGA